CUGUCGAUGCAACGCGGAAGAGACGAAGGAGGAAAAGAGUCUCCACGUCACUGAGGUGUAAUAUUACCGUCAGUGCCACAGAAGAGGUGCUACCUCAGCCACAGAAACCCUCGUGUGGGUGAUAACAGCACGUAUGACCACACACACCGGACAUAUUCAGCUGUCUCUGCCCUGAGCGGCGGCCUCGCUGCUGCUGGACGCGCUGGGAUUCGUUGAAGAGUUCCCCACUGCCUGAAGCUUCUCAAUGGGUGAAUCCGGCUCCCGUCGCUCCACACUUGUGUCCCGCCUGCCAAUCUUCCGCCGCAGCAGCAGCAAGAGGCAGGACUCUCUCCCCUCCUCUCCGUCUUCAGGCGGAGUAGGGAAUGGCGUCCACACUUCUUCGCCCUCCAGCACAAACUCCAGUUCCGGCAGCACCGGGAAACGCCGGAGUCUGUUCCGCACUCCAUCUCUCAGUUUCACAACUAAGCGAAACAGCGAUCCGCGUGUCCAGCCAGUCAACUUAAACCUCACACCUUCCGUGACACAGGACACUGACGCUAAUGGAAAUAACCAGCAGACCAUACCAGCGUCGGGGUCAACAGGGUUCAGUGACGGUGGCGGACGCUCCAAGUCUCGCCACUCGUUUGGGUUUGGCAGCCACAGGCAAAAGAAAAUCUCUCGUUCCCAGACUGAGGAUUUUGAUAAAACUUCCUCUUCCACCUCCACAACCAAUCGCAAUGUGUUCAUAAAUUGCAUCACUGGCUCGGGGGCAAAUGAGGGUGAUGACUCUGGGUUCCUUGAUGACUACAGUGCUGGUACUAACAACAAGAAGUCCUCACGCCAAAAGAAGCAGCUGCUGCCGAAAUCCUUCUCGGCUCACCACCGCUUCUCCCGCACUUCGGAUCACCACAGACCUCCAGAGGUGAAUCUGGAACCUCCGAGCUCCACCACCAUCACACCGGGGGCUGGAGAGCUCACUCCCGGGUCAUGGCCAGGUGAGCUGAUAGGUGGUGGUGGUGAGAGCUCUCUCCAGUCCCCUUUGAUAUCAGAGGACCGAACUACGGCCAUCACACCUUCAGAGUUCAUACCCAUCACGGAGGAUUCUGUAUCUGAGGCGGACGCUCUGCCAGCACCCAGCCCCAGAUCUCCUGCUGCUCCUGAGUGUGAGUCUCAGCCUCUGCCAGGACCAACUACUGACAUGGCUCCACCUGACCUUCCACCUGCUCCAGAGAACUGCAGCACAGUCAUCUCUACCUCUCAGAUUUUUGUCGAUCCAGCACAGUCUAGCAGUGAAAAACCCUUACUUCUCGACACCAGCACAGCCAACAACACAGAUUAUGAGACUGCCAUUUCCCUCUCAGAGCCAGAGACAGCUGUAACCUGCCUACCUCUGCUGGAACAAUCACUGGAAGAGAGGAAGGAGAGGGAGGAGGAGCGAAAGGAAGCAAAGGAAGAGGUGUCAGUAGCAGAUGAGCGGAAGGAGGUGGUGAAGGAGAGCCUCGCAGAGACCACAAGUGAGAGCGAGGCAUGUGUGGUACGCAGUGAGGGUUGUCACUCCAACCCAGAGCAACCGGACAGAAGGGCAAGAAAAACACUCUCCAUGCAAGAAAGAGGAAGCUUCUGCGGCUGCCAUGAACCCAGAUCAUCUCACUUAAGGAAACCACAUGCAGCCUCUGUGUGUAGCAGUGUCAGUCCCUACCAUGAGGUGAUGCGGAUGGAAAGGCGUCUUCGCUCCUCGUCUGAGGGGGCAGGUGGGCCUCGUAUCCAUGGAAACCACAGAGAUGCCCCGGGCGUGGAGGGAUGCAGUCUGCUCAAACACAGACACAACUCUUCGUCGUCUAAGCUGGGGAGUCUGGAUGUGUUAAACAACCUGGGAUCCUCAGAGCUGGAUGAAGAUGAUCUUAUGCUAGACCUGGACCUCUCUGAUGAUCAGCAUCAGCGACAUCGACAUGUGUCCAGGGAAGACUCCAGCCAGUCUCUGGCCUCUUGUCUGAACCUGCUCCCCUCCCCCAUGGACCAACCAGGAGAUCGCAUCCUGGGGAAAGAAAACAAUCUGAGAGCUCCAACAAAACUGGCCACAGAGGAACCCAGUCGGCCGACCAGCCUACUGCCUGCUGAUUGGAACAUGGGGCUGGGCUUUGGGAGGGAAGAGGAGUCCUUAACUCCAGGGCUGGAGGCCCUUCCACUCAGACUGAUGCAGCAGGACUGUACUGCUGUCAAAACCCUGCUUUUAAGACUAAGACGGACACUGCAGGAGAGUGCAGAGACGAGCCCUGCCAGCAGCCUCCAGUCUCUACCCAUCAGCCCUUGCAGUGAAAAAUCCCUUCCAUUUAAGGAUCCCAGCAGAGAGGAGGCCUUGUUGCAACAGCUGAGGGAGAAAGAUGAGCUGAUUCUCAGACUCCAGAAUGAACUGGAAAAUGCCAAAGCUGCCCUCAAGAUGAAAGACUGCCAAAUGACUGACCGCGUAACACAGACAGAACACAUGGGGCCAGAGACCACUCAUCCAGGACGGUGGUCAGGACUAGGCAGCUGCAGCAGCCUGGCCCCAAGGGACCGAAGGGCAAUGCGGGGUUUGGGGGCAGCACUCGGAGGGGACCUCUGUAACCAACACCUCCCCCAUCACUAUCCACCUCUGCACAGUCCAUCCGAGAUACUCACUGUCAGGGAGGAGCGCCACUGCCAGUGGGUCCUGGCACCGCUCUCAGCCCGAAACCCAGCUCCAAAUCUGGCUCCAGGCUCCUCCACUCUGUCCUCUGCUAUUUCUGCGGUGUCAGUCCAAUCCUCACCUCACACUCCAGUCCAGCUUCAAGUGUCACACCCAGGCCUUAGUCCAAACCAAUGCCCAAGCUCUGGUUCAUCAGCUGCUAAUCUCACUACAGGUCCAUCUUUGUCCUCCCAUCAGCCAGAGAAGGUGACUUCCUCUUCUGAGUCCUUAACUCCAGCAGGAGGAGGAGGAGGAGGAGGAGGUGGGGUGAGUUUAUCAUGCGGAGUAAGAAGAGGAGGUGGCGAGCACCAUCCCCACAGCCAUAUUCCUCGUGCAAUGGGGGCGAGCUCCUCGAGCCUCCAUAGUCUCGCAAGCAGGGGAAGCCCCUCUCCGAGCAUCUCACUGUCCGACCCAGCCUCCCCUUCACCUCCCUCGUCCUCCUCCGCCAUAUUCACAGGUCGUCUAGGACAGCCGCCUCGAGGCCCUCUGUCUCUGCACAGCUACAGUCGUAAAAAUGUCUUCCUCCAACAUUCCCUGCACAGUGCUGAAUUGCAAGCUCUGACGCAGCGAGACAGUUGAAGGCCCACGGACAUUUUUGCAACGUUUACCCCAAACAUAAGCAGCCAUAUCACUGACUACGGUGUCAAAAUGUGUGACUAUAUGUAUAUAAAAAAUACUGCUGUU